CCAAUCACAAAUGACGUCCCGCCUGUUCCCCGCCCGCUAGGUGGGAGGGCCCAAUCAACGUCGAGAGCGUAUGCCCACUUAUCUUGGCUCCUUGCUGCGGCUGUAGGGCGUCUAGGGCUGCUGGUCAGCUCUGGUCUAGACGCGCAGGGGUCUGCGAGCGUGAGGCAGCCUUCCAACCUGGCUUCCCGGGAUGUCGGUGGCCUUCGUGCCGGACUGGCUGAGAGGCAAGGCGGAAGUCAAUCAGGAGACGAUCCAGCGGCUCCUCGAGGAGAAUGAUCAGUUGAUCCGCUGUAUUGUGGAAUAUCAGAACAAAGGCCGGGCGAAUGAAUGCGUCCAGUACCAGCAUGUGUUACACAGAAAUCUCAUUUAUUUGGCCACCAUCGCAGACGCCAACCCAACCAGUGCUUCAAAAGCAAUGGAAUAAUCUUCCAGUUGGCUGUUGUGAGGAGUAAUCAAAUGUAAUCUAUUUCCUAGGAAAUAGAGGUAGGAUUCUUACCAACUCACCUGCUUUGAAGGUGAAUGGAACCUCUGUAGCUCUUUUAAAAAUGUGAAAAUGCAAAGAAAGCUACUAAAUUAACCGUAUUCUCAGAGAGAAUAUUUAUUUUAAUAAUUAAGCGGAUUCGCUCAAUUAAGUUGACUCCAGGUGUCCUCCUUCCUGAAAUAAGUGUGUUCGGACAUCAGGGGCAUCUUCGAGUCUACCUUUUCAGUUUCAACGUGAAGAGGAAACUGAGCAGGUAUUGGGCGAGACUCCCGACUGAGACCCUGCCAAUGGACAUGUAACUGUGUGUGCCCUCCUACCAGUUUGUGGUUGUGGACCCCCUGACUGCUCUUUUCAGGUUGCUUUGAAAUAAAGCUUGCCUUUCCACAAAAGA